AUGGUCGAGUUAAACACCACAAUUUGUGCUACAGCCGCUGUUGUCGUUGUUUCUAGCGUUGCUCUUUACUUCUUCUUUAAGAAGUCUUCAUGCUGUAGCAAGCGAGCUGUUACAUUACUCGACGAAACUGAAAAGUAUUCAUUGAAACUCAUUGAGAAAGUCAAUGUUAGUCAUGAUACUAGGAAGUUUAAGUUUGCUCUUCCAUCCAAACACCAUAUACUAGGUCUACCAGUUGGACAACACAUUUACCUUUCAGCUAAAGUGGAUGGAAAGCUUGUUGUGCGUCCAUACACACCAAUUUCUAGUGAUGAUGAUCUCGGCUUUGUUGAACUUAUGAUCAAGGUUUAUUUCCGUGAUGUUAAUCCUAAAUUCCCAGAAGGAGGAAAGAUGAGUCAAUACUUAGAAAACAUGAAGAUUGGAGAAAGCAUCGAUUUCCGUGGUCCAUCUGGAUUAAUUACUUAUAAAGGCAAUGGAAAGUUUGCCAUUAAAGCAGACAAGAAGGCUGCCGCUGUACCUAGACAUUUUAAGAAAAUCUCGAUGAUUGCCGGGGGUACAGGAAUCACCCCAAUGCUUCAGAUUAUUGCUGAUAUUUUAAAGCACAGCCUAGACAACACUCAAAUCAAACUUCUUUUUGCUAAUCAGUCCGAGGAAGAUAUUCUCUGCAGAGAUGAAUUGGAACAGUUAGUUGAAGCUCAUCCUGAUCAGUUACACGUAUGGUACACAGUUGACCGACCACCAGCAAACUGGAAGUACUCCAGUGGAUUUAUCAAUGAUAAAAUGAUUGAGGAAUACCUUUUCGCCCCAUCAGAUGACGGCGCUGUUCUUCUUUGCGGUCCUCCACCAAUGAUAAACUUUGCUUGUACACCAAAUCUUGAUAAGCUAGCCUAUGACCCUGCCAAUAGAUUCACUUUUUAG